AGGAGAAGAGAUUGUAUCAGAGGGCGGGUGCACACGGUUCCGAUGUCAAGCGCGCUCGACCUCGCCAAGCAGCGGCACAACGAGAUUAGGACCGCGCUGCGCUUUUUUCUCAACUCUUGGCAUAAGCACCGCCAGAAUACCAGCAUCGCUGAACCGAGGGCAGUUUUGGAUGAGUUUCUGCGCUUCAAGGCUUUCACUUCCUCGCUUCAGCAGCAUUAUAGCCCUCUAGAGGCACCCAAGGAAUCCUAUAGCAAGCGCGGCCGCGAUCGCUCGUAAGCUUGGAAGUCGGACCGCAUCUUCGUCUGCACCCUGCCCGGAAAUGGACGUCCCGCUGCGCGCGCUUGAGGGCUGGGGGCAAGCGCUCCUGCAGCAGCUUCCUAGCAAUGGCAGCAGCUCGGGCAAGCAGUGGGCCUCGGCCAGGCCAGGCCUGUCGCACGUGUCGCAGGGAGGUGCAGCCCGCUGGGCCGUCCCCGGCCAGCUCCGACACCCCUCGCUGCACGUGUCCGGCCCUCACGCAGCAUGGCGGCGACCGUCUACUGGUGUCACAGCCUCCAGCGCUAGCACCGCUGCCGUACGCGGCGGCGGCCUGACGCCGGCAACAAUUGCGGCCAGCCCCCUCGCCAGCGUCAGCGCCUCCAUGCCUACCGCACCCGCACGGGCACCAGCGCCGGCGCCCUUCGCCGCCUCCUCCAUGGCCACCGCCACCUCACCGCUGGCAGCAGGAGCGGCGUCCAUGUCCGCCGCCGCGCAGGCCGCCGCGACGGCCAAGGCCGAGGUGGGUCGGGCCACAUGGACGCUGUUGCACAUGCUGGCAGCACAGUUCCCGGACCGGCCUAGCCGCCAGCAGCAGCGCGACGCGCGCACGCUGGUGGACUGUCUCACCCGCAUCUACCCCUGCGGCGACUGCGCGGAGCACUUUGCGGAGAUUGUGCGGCGUGACCCUCCCGCGGUGGGCUCGGGCCGUGAGUUCCGGCGCUGGCUGUGUGGCGUGCACAACCGCGUGAACUCGCGGCUGGGCAAGCCUGUGUUCAACUGCGACCUGGUGGAGGCGCGCUGGGCGCCGCUGGGGUGCAGCGCCGAGGAGGCGGCAGCGGGCGAGCCGGCGGCGGCCGGGGCGGGCAAGGGCUGCGAGCUGCUAGGCGUGGGCGCCAAGGGCGGGCGGUAGGCGUCGAUGAGGUGGGGGCAGUGUGGCGCGUGGCAGUUCAAUAGCAUGUCAAGGCGGUAGGCAGAGAACGGGUGUGAGGCGGAAAUUAGGCGCUAUGAGUUGGCGCUGGAUGUAGGGUCUGUCAACUGGGAUGAGGUCGGACGCGGUGGUGGGUGCUGGCACGGCUCGUGCUGCAACGCACCGCUUCUGGGCAGGCUCGCGAACACAGCUCUGUGCGUUGAGUACGCUGUAGUGCUGGAUGUUGCGCCAGAGUGGUCGGCGGGGGACAAGCUGGAUGAUGCGAUGGGCAACGGCCGAAGGCCCAACGGGAUCGGAGUAUCGGACGCAUUCGGCCGCAACGGCGCUAUGGCAAAAGGCUGGUCUGCCCUAGUCUGCCUGGUCAGCUAGGAGCCAGAACGUCUCUCUAUUUAA